AUGGCUCCUGUUGGGUAUCGGUUCCAGCCGACUGAUGAGGAAUUGGUUUCGUACUAUUUAAAGAGGAUGAUUUUAGGGCUCCCAUUUAUGGAAGAGGAAAAGGAAUUCUUCACCGCGAAAGAUCUGUACGGGGAUAAUGCUACCCCAUGGGAGUUAUUGUCCGAUGAUCUUCCAUGGCAGACGGUGAUGAAUUCGUCGAAUAGAAAGAUGGACUCUCAGAAAAUCGUCUAUGUUUUCUCGUUCCUCUCCAAUGUCUCCAAGAAAAAUUCCAAGAACGGCAAGAAUAAAAACAGAGUAGCUGGUUGUGGGAGUUGGAAUGUCAAUUCUUCCGCCCAGCCAGUCAGGGAAGAUUGCGGAUUAGGAAGCAAAAUUGGAGAAAAAAAGAACUUUACAUUUGAAUCGCCUGAACCAACUGUUGGGCAGUGGACUAUGACAGAAUACUCAAUUGAUACUGCUGCCCAUGACAUUCCGGAUGUUGAUGGAAUUAAUUGCUCUAACAUUGUGCUGUGCAAAAUAAAAAGGGACGAUUCCAAGUCUUCCGUGCAAGGAAAAAUUGUGUGCCGCAAGAGAAAGAGUGAUAAUCUGGUGCCAGAAGAAGCGGGACAGAAUUUCGGAAAGAAGAUGAAAUCAGUAAGCAGCAAUGAGGAGGACUUGAGUCUGAGUGUGCUGACCAAUGACGAUUCUGCCGCCAUAGUCGUGAACAAUGAGGAGGCCGGAGUUUCUUAUGGAUCAUCGGAUUGUGGCAAUGACGCCCCUUUGUUGAUGAAUGCAGGGGAUUCUGAUAUUUUAGCACCUGCCGGACCAUCCACAUGUUGGAACAACAUUCCUGACAAUGAAGCAUUUUGUUUCAGUUCAAACUUUCAGAGUAUUGAUUUGGAUCCUUGGCUGAAAGAGCUUGAAGCUUUCUAG